GGGCAGGGUGACUCGCAGUCGGUCACCUCCUUCUCCCUGCUCCUGUCUUUCUGUCUCACUCUCUUCAGCAGUUCAAACUGAAUCUCCAAAAACUUUGACUCUUGGACACAAACUAAAUCCUUCAAGAAGAACGUUGAAUUAAACACAAACUCAAAAAUUCAAACGGCCUGUUUACUGGAUUUCUUUCCAUUCUCCCCUGUAGGGUAGGUUUGAGUGUAUUUUUAGACCUGCUGUGAUCCAGCUUAACUACAAUUGCUGUGCGCUUUUUGCUGCCUGGAUUUGAGCGUUGCCUCCAUCGUCUUUUUCUCACAAUCAACUGGGGCCAAAGAGGAUUUAACGAAGGAGUUACAUGCACGUUUCCAUGGUAACGGUGCAUUUCCAGAUCCUUUGAAGGACUGAAGGUUAUCACUGAACAUCCGGCAAACUCCCAAGAUCUUUUCAACAAUGAGCAGUGAAACCAGCGACGAGGAGGUGGUCCCUCCACCCCGGACCAAUCAGAGGACAUUUUUGGAUGAUGUCAUUUUGACUUUUACUUCACCGAUGGCCUGGUUGCUGAUUGUGGCUCUGAUCCUCACAUGGUCGGGCGUCGCCAUCGUUCUCUUUGAUCUGCUCGACUACAAAACUCUGUCAGAGUACACUUCACACUGUGACGACCCCGUGUGUUUUUCCAAUGCAUGUCCUUCAAGUCAUCCGAGAUACAGUCUCCCUCCUCCUUCUGCCAUCGGCAAGAGAGUUCUACGGACUAGAGGUGGUUUUCGUCCAAUCAAAUCAAGCCCUGCAGGAGUCCUCGCUGAUGUCACUGCUCAGGAAAGCUCUGACUGGUUGGAGAUGAUUUGGAAUUUUGCAGUCAGUUUGGUAGCCCCUGAUGAUGAGGAGGAAGGUAUUCACCAGCUUACUGAAACCCUCACAUCUUUCCACUCUGAGGAGCUGUGAACAAGAUGACUGUGGAGAGAGGAAGAGUAUGCAGAGCCGGAGAGAGGAAGAGAGGGCAAAAGAGACAAGUGUCUGAUUGAAAUUGAAGAGAGGACGUGAAGACACCGGAAGAGGAUGAGGAGGAUGUAUAGUUUAUAACAAUGAUGUUUCUCUCUGUCUGUCUAUAGUUAACAGGAAUUUGAUGAAUAAAAACUUUGAAACCA